CUUAAAUAGUUUUAGGGAAACACCCAGAUCCUUCCAGUUGAUUGUAGCUAAUUUGAUCAUUUUUUUCUUUAUGAAAUACCAUGCAUUUCCAGGGCAAUGUUGUCACAUCCAUCGCUACACCAAUACAGCGUGGUUGACCCAGUGCCUGCAGAAGCUCCAGACACAGAGAAUUAUGAGGCCCUACUACAUCUGGCAGAGAGACUAGGCGAGGCUAAACCUAGAGGCCUUAUGAAGACCGUGAUUGACCAGCUCCCGUCCUAUAGGUAUACUGGGGAGAAGUCCGACACUAAACAGACAACAUGUGUAAUAUGCAUGUGCGAUUUCGAACUCCGGCAGAUGUUACGUGUUUUACCAUGUCUGCAUGAGUUUCAUACCAAGUGUGUUGAUAAGUGGCUCAAGAGGCGAAAGUGUGCAUGAAGGCUGCUGUGACAUACCAGUACCAUUGCCAUUUUGUCCUCUUAAGUCAAGUGGACUCCUUCAUCUCAGUGGCAGAUAUCACAUUUGUCUCCUCUCCCUCCAGCUGCUCUUCAUCAAAGUCCAUCACCCGAAUGCUCUCAAACCAGCUCAGACCAGUCACUCUUGAUCUUAAACCAGUCUAUAUAAGCCCUUAUAUGGACCAGCCUAUAUAUCAAUAAUAGCCUGAUCCUUCUUAUCACCUGAUACUCUUCAAAUGGAUCAAUCAUGUGGAAGAAUCCUAAUUUACUUUAUAUGAAUGAGUCCUGUUUUUAAUAUCGAUAAUGAAGGCUCUAUUUUAGGUAGCGUCUCAGCUGAGGCAUACCUGAAUCUGCUAUCAAGGUCAAUGUUUCUCAGCAGGAGCAUUUGUUUUCCAAAAAAAGACCAUUGUCAUUUGCCUUCAAGCACAUAAUUUGCAGCUUCCACUUAGCUGAGAGACGUAGAAUUAGUUAUCAGCCUCAAACUUGCCUCGGCUGGCACGAGCCCUACAGCAAAGCCAACUUUAUUCUCCUUACCCAAUCUUUUUAAUUCUUGUGGACGAGCUUGGCCGAUGGUGUCACAGAUUUCAGCUCAUGCCGGGAUUUAAUGGGGACUUGUGAACAGGUUACGUGUUUUAUUGCCUCGUGUGACUGUUGCCUGGGUCUCGUCUCCCGAGAGUGAGGCGUAGUUAACACUGCUAGGCUAUAUAUAUCAUCUUUAUGUAGUGUAUAUACAUCUAAUAGGUUCAUAGUUAUGUUAUAUGAUCAAUGCUUCAAGAGUUUUGUUUUGUUUCUGUGAAGUUCAUGUUUAUAUUCAUAACACCCACAAUAUGUACUCUCUAGAAACAAUAUAUUUUUGAGAACUGUUGAUCACAUGACAUUUGUAAUGAAGAAUACCUGAAGACACAUGUCCUAAUAUUAUGAUAUCUUUUCUGAUUUUUGAAUGUAUUCAUGCAUUGCAAGUAUUAAAAUUAUUUUCAGUCCUGCAUUUGAUUAAUUUUUAUAGCUCUAGAAAUUGCGAUAAAUGCAUUCUUGUUAAUUGUGGGCAGUUUCUUCGUGGAAUUCAUAAAUCUGGUGCCCUUAUUUUUUCAUCAUAUAGACCAAAACUGUCACUACAGCACACCCAGCAGUCACUUUGAGGUUCCUAAAGCUUGAUGGGAGAAGGGGGUUUAUGUACAUAUUUAUGCACUUUUGUGUAUGCUAUGUGUACAUCCUAGAUAUUUGUAGACCAUAUUUUUGCAUUUUUUGUAGAUAUUCUAAACUUAAAGGGCUCAUUUACUUGUUAAAACAGUAAAUAUGAUAGCUUGGUUCAUGGAGAGUAUUUUUAUUAAUUAAAGAUUUUUCCAAGUUUGAAUAAGUAUCUAUGGAUUUUCUCCACAACCAGAACAUAGUUACUAAAUAACAUAUGUAGAAAGGAGCCUGUAAUUAACAAAGUGCAACAGCAACAUCAACAACAACAACAACAACAAGCCUUCAAGUAACUGUUGGGCUUUAGAGUCGUCCGUAGCCAGUUUCUUGCCUUUACACCCCUUUUUCCUCCUGUUUGUAUUUUUGGAUUUUAACACAUCCAGAGCUUUUUGUGAUGAGCAGCUAUCAUGUAAAAAUGUGCAGCUCCUUCCCUUUUUUGAGCUUUUUUAGAGCACAGGAUAAUCAGCAUUGAGAUCACAAAGAGCUCUGAGCUUCUCCCAAAAGCUUAGUGCAAAAGCCUUGUAUUUUAGAGGUUAUUUUCUCUGAUGAACAUAUUUUGCAAUUGCUCAGUCACAGACUAUAUUACAAGUUCCCAAGUGCACAGCUUUUCCUGAUCUAUGCCUCAAUAUGGUAUGGUGCUUCCAUAAUACAUGUAAAAAAAAAAAAAGACAUAAAUUGCAAAUUUCAAAAUGCUGUAUACUUGCUGAGCAUUGCAACGUAGUAUGACCUCUAGAGCUCUGAUUACCCUUAAGAGAUGAGUAAGAUACAGGCAGUGAAAAAAAACAAAACUUAUUGAACAUUAUUUUUUUCUUCUCUGUGAUCAGUAAUAUUCUUAACUGCUUCUUGUUCAGAGAUGGUCUUUAUAAAAAAAAAAAAAAUUAAACAAGUUGUAUUACAUUUUUAAGUAUUUCAUAUUAUUUCUUUUUAAGAUAACUUACUGAUAUUAAAUGUGUAAAGAAGUCUUUUUUGAGUUUAAGAUAACCUGUUUAAAUUAUAUUUAAAAAAAAAUAUUGAGUGCCACAAAUAACUAGCUUUGCAUACCUUAUGUGUAUGUCAAUGUAUAGAGCCUUUUACUCAUCUCUAGUGUUACUCUUCCCUACUUUUUGUAAUACCUGGCUUCUGCACUGGGUUUGCAGCUUGUUGGUAUUGCACAGUCAGUACAUACCUGGAAAUACUGUGAAGUUGAAACCCCAGAAUUUGUGAGUUCAUAUGCAGGUUGUGUAAUUAUUGUGGACAUGAUACAUAUGGUUAAGGUAGCAUUGACAUCUUGCUUCAAAAUGGUGUAUGUAUUUUGUUCUGCUUUAUACAGAGGCUGAGUCUUUUUGAUCACUGUUUUGAAAGCAACUGUCUUUUGUUAUCUUAGUAACUCUUGCAUCCUGUACUUGGCAACAGUUAUCCCUGCAUAUGACUUUCCAUCUGUUGGUCUUAUACUCCAUAAUAUUUCCUGGCUGUGUCUUCUGACUGGCUGAUACCAUGCUGUUGGUA